UCGACUCGGCUUGGGCUCGGGUGGAUGGUUGGUUGAUUGGUGUUUUGCCUGGAUUUUAUUAGUUGGUUUUUAAACUUGGUCGUGAGAGGGUAGCAAAAAGAAAAAAUCGGCAAAGUAACGACAGGGUAGUUAGAACGUGCUAAGAAAGCGGAAAGCCAGGAUAAGAUUUAAAUAAUAGAAGUAAGCGCAGGCAAAAAGUGAAUGAGGGGAAGAACUCGAAGUAGAAAGACUGGAUUUGUGAAAGUGCGUAGACUUUUAGUGUUUACGGAUCGCGUAAAUUAGGACUUGAAGUGCGGCACACAACAAAUAACCAAAACUGAGAUUAAACAUUUUAAAAUAAUAAUAAAAUAUACUCAAAUCGAGCGAAAAUAUCUGUAAACUAGACGUGAAUGGUUAAGUAAACAGUUUGUGAAUGGAUGCGCUUAGUGCUAGUAGCACUUUUGCCAAUACAUCUGACACCAACACAUCCAAUAACGUCACAAAAACAAAAGCAUCUAAAGAGUCGAUCGUUUCGACUGCCACCUCUCCUCCGUCAUCCUUGCGUUCAACGCUAGAUUCAUCGCCGCUCACGUCAACAGACCCAAUUGUCAUACCCGCAAUCAUUGAGCCUCCUUCCCCUGCACGCUCCUCACGCGCUUCGUCGUGCUCUGCGCAUUCCAGAUUGCGCGUAGCAUCAACCGAUUCGGAUACGCCCGGUGGCGAAAUGAGUGUGAGUGGUGGAAGUCAACAUGGGGCAGCGCUGGAUAUGAAGAUUAAAGCUUCGGCCGUCUCCGUUGCUAGCGUCACCGCCGCCGCCGCUGCCGUGGAGCUAUUGCAAGGGGGCACGCCAUCGUCGCAGACGCAGUCGCAGAAGAUCAAAAAAUGUGCGUUUAACACUCAGAACAGUCAAUUUAGUGAAAUAGUAGAUGUAAAUAUAAAAUUCUCGAAGUACUCAAGCCGAGUAGCUCGUGCUUUUGAAUAUGACGUUGUUAAAACUAACAACAACAGCAAUAAUGAUAAUCUCAAAAACGUUUCGAUUGCAAUAGCAGAUAGUUUCGAGGGGCAAACGGUCAAUUCAGCAAUUGCAACAACAAUGGUUUGUCCGAAAUUGCUUAGAAGUUGUAGAAGUAGAGGUAGCCCUAGGCUACAACAACUAUAUCAACAACAAGAACAGCAACGAAAACAAAAACCAGUCUCGUUGCAACGCCACCAAAAGCAGCUGCAGCAGCAGCAGCGGCUACAACAACAGCAUUCAAAACGUUAUAGGCAACAACCGAAAUCAAAGCAUUUAAAUAAAAAAUUUAGACUUGAACAAGAACGUAAAUUUGCUGAAGCUGAACAGUUGCAACAACAGCAGCAACAACAAAAUGCGUCGAUAAAAGAAAAUUUUUUACUUACGCUCGAUUUACUUGCAGUGGUCCGCCGGAAUGCCUCCGACAAACUGCGCCUCAUCCAAAUGGUUCACGACAAUCCGAUACUGUGGGAUUCCCGUCUGCCCAAUUUCAAGGGUGCCGAAGAAGAGAAGAAUCGUGCCUGGGAAAUGAUUGGCAAGGAGUUCAAUGCACCGGGGCGGCGAGUGGCGCGCGCCUUUAAAUCGCUGCGGGAAUCCUAUCGACGCGAAUUAGCGCACGUCAAAUUGAUGGGCAACGGCUUCAAGCCGAAAUGGAGCCUUUAUGAUGCAAUGGACUUUCUGCGUGAUGUCAUAAGAGAGCGAAAAGGCGGUUCACACGCUGUAGAGCAGGCAGCUAUUGGACUUAAUUUGAGUGCAUUCUCGCAUCAUUUAAGUAAUAACAACAACAACAAUAGCAAGUCUGCACUCAAACUCAGCGCCUUACAUUCAUCUUUCAACGAAAGUGCGCUAAAUCUGUCGAAAUGCGCACCAGGUCUGAAUAUGAGCCAUGAAGACUACUACUACUACGUAAAGCCAGAGUUGGACAUGGCAGCCGCGCAUCCGGGUGGCAAUGUCAUUGGUAUUGGUGGCAAUACUGCCGUGCCGUCGCAUCCAAUGCCGGCACAUCAGGCACAGCAGCAGCAGCAGCAACAACAUUUACACAGUGCUGCGCAUGACAGCCGGGUCUCGUCAACGCGCAACGACAGCGCUACCCAGCACAGUACUACAUUCGACGAUCUGGACGCAUCGUCAGUACGCAGUGGUGAUGAAGCCUCUGUGCGUAAUGCUGACAUGAGUAAUCAGGGUUCCGAUGAGGUGGAGGAGCUGGAAGCAAUAGAUGCUGAUUUUCCUUAUCCGCUUAUACUCGAUGCAAAUUCGCCGCGUUCUAUGAGCGCAGCAGGCGUUAAUGGUGGUAAUGCCGUCGUCAAUGGUGGUGCAUCGAAACGCAAACGACGUGAGCUCAACGGUGAUACAAUAGACGGCACUAUAGACGAUGAAGAUGAUUAUGAAGGACAGAUGUUGCAACAACAUCGUCAUUUGAGACAGCAAAAUGGGGGCGUUGGCGGCGGUAGUGGUGGUGGUGGUGGUUUAGGUGGUGCGAGUGGAUAUAUGCUGGACAUACCGCCGCCACAAACUGUGCGUGAGGUGUUGAACUUGAAGUUUUGCGGCUUCAUUGCGGCGAAACUCAAUAGUAUGGAAGACACGGAGGCCGAUAAUUUGAUGAACAAAAUACUCAUGUUGCUCGUACAGACACAGACUAGUGAGGGGAAAUAGGAGGAGUGUAAUAGGGACCCACACUCAAUUUUCAGGUAGCGGCGCAAAAGUGUUGACGUAUAGGUGCACCAGUACAUGCCGACAAAGCUGGAGUAAGGGAAGAUACAAGAAAGUUUGAUUUGUAGUUGCAUAAAGUUUACACAAACUGUACAUACUUUGCUCAAUUUCAAUGAAAUGCGGGCAGUAGUUGAAGGAGAUUUUUGCGUACGAGAUUUCUUGGAAUACAUAAAUCUAUGAUAUCUACAUUUGUAUGAAUCUAAUUUUUCAAAUCGUUACCUAAGCGACAUUUUUAAUAAAUUUAUAUGUACAGCAAAUCAAAAAAAUUUUGGCACAGCGAUGUUUUUUUACAAUAUUUACAAUGUUUUUCAUGGUACAAUUAUUUCGUAAAUUUUGUAAGAAAAUAUAUUUUUUAGUAAAAUAAAAAAGGUUUAAAUCGAAGUUGCUUGAAAUUUAUGAAAAUUUCAUCAACAUUUCGAACUCUUUUUAAAUUCAGUAUACAAAAUUUUUAUCCUUUUUUUCUUGUAUGCCAUUUUGUAGCUCAUUUAAAUCAAUUCCAGCAGAUUUACAAAAAAAUUCUGCUGCGUAAAAAGUUCGAAUACUUUUGCUUAUUUUGGUUUAGUGUUGUAUUAAGUUUGAUACUUGAUAAAAUAUGUAACAUUUGUUGUAGUGUGAACUACAUUUUUAUACAAAAUUAAGAAAAAAAACCUGACUUGUAAAACCUUGCGAAUAUUGUAAAAAAAACUUGCUGCAACAAAAUUUUUUUGACUCACUGUAAAUAUUCAUUUGUGUCAUAAUUUUUGGUGGCUGAUGUGAAUUCUUUAUAUGUAUUAUAAAAAAAUUAUAGUAAUUAUAAAAAUAUUCUUAAGUGCGAACAUUUAUUCAUAUUUAAAUGCCUUUUUGCUGACUGUCAUAAAAUGCUCAGUUCGAAGAAAUUAUAAAUUUAACUGAAACUAUUUUUAAGGUGUACACAAACAAAUGUCAGUAUGAAAUGUAAAUAUGUAUGUAAUGUAGAUGCUUUAAUACAAGGUUUGUUAGCAAACAUGCUGAGAAAUGCUCAGAAUACAAAACUAAAAUAUUGGUUAGAUGUGUGAAUUCUUAAAGUACCAUUAAAUUUAUAUUUAAUUAAAUUUCAUUUCAUAUCUUUAUAAAUUUGCAUAUUUUGUAAUUGUACGAAUACGAAAAAAAAUUAACAAAUUUGUUUAAUUCUUUCGAAAAAAAUUAAAAAUUUCUGUUUAAUACUUUCGCAGUAACUGCUUGCCUCGCAAGCUGGCUUUCUCUUCAAUAAAUGGAUUUUUUUUUUUUGGAAAAAUUUAAUACGUAAUUUCUUAAAAAAUAAAAAAGUAAAAAAUCUGCUUCCUCUGCAGUAUUUCUAUUA